GUUUUAAUCCGCUCCCUGUGCUCUUUAGCCACCGCUGAACAUCUUUCACUUGCUGUUGCUUCCACGGGAAACAUAGCCAAAACAAAAGAUCAACUUUCUCUCACAUUUUCCCACUUUCCAAGCACUGUUAGAAUCCCAGUACUUCACUUUAACUGGCAUCCCCGCCUCGCCAAAUGGAGCUCCGACCCUUGGGAAACACGGGCCUCCGUCUCAGCUCCGUCGGCUUCGGAGCCUCACCGCUUGGCAGCGUUUUUGGACCCGUCUCUGAAACCGACGCCAUUUCCUCCGUUCGUGAAGCCUUUCGCCUAGGCAUCAACUUCUUUGACACCUCUCCGUAUUAUGGAGGGACAUUGUCAGAAAAGAUGCUUGGAAAGGCACUCAAAGCUCUGAAUGUUCCCAGAAACGAAUAUAUUGUGUCAACAAAGUGUGGGCGGUAUAUUCAAGGUUUUGACUUUAGUGCUGAGAGAGUGACUAAGAGCAUUGAUGAGAGUUUGGCGAGGUUGCAGCUGGAUUACGUUGAUAUACUACAGUGUCAUGACAUUGAAUUUGGGUCUCUUGAUCAGAUAGUGAAUGAGACCGUUCCCACUCUUCAGAAACUGAAGGAAGCUGGGAAAAUUCGUUUCAUUGGUAUUACUGGACUUCCCUUAGAAAUUUUUACAUAUGUGCUCGAUCGGGUACCACCUGGCUCAGUUGAUGUGAUUCUUUCGUACUGCCACUAUUGUAUUAAUGAUUCAACAUUGGAGGAUUUACUGCUGAAGAGAAAGGGGGUCGGUAUUAUUAAUGCUUCCCCUCUUGCAAUGGGGCUUCUUACUGAUAAUGGUCCUCCAGAAUGGCACCCAGCCUCACCUGAACUCAAGUCUGCAUGCAAAGCUGCUGCUGCAUAUUGUAAAGAGAAGGGAAAGAAUAUAUCAAAGUUAGCCAUGCAAUACAGCUUGUCAAAUCAGGAUAUUUCAACAGUGCUGGUUGGCAUGAACUCUGUGAAACAGGUGGAGGAGAAUGUUGCUGCCUCUGCAGAAGUAGCACUUUCCGGUAUGGAUCAGGAAACUCUUGCAGGGGUUGAAGCAAUCCUAAAACCAGUGAAGAAUCAAACAUGGCCUAUUGGAAUACAGAAGAGGUGACAUUUUUGCUCUGCAACCAUUUGCACCUUUUGCUUAGGCGUAGCCAUCCCAAAUACUACAAAUGGGAGGGCUGAGAAGACUUUUCUAAAUUCUUAUAAUAUAUAGGAGAAUCCUUAUGAGGAUGAAUGCAAGUUUCUUCUAGUAUUUUAGGCAUAUUAUCUUAUGAGAUGAGGCAAAUUCCCCAUGGAAUAAGGACUUGUAUUUGAUAUUUUCUGUUCUGACAUCUGUAAUAUUAUCAACUUAACAUCAUGGUAUGCCAUGUAAUCUAUUUAGUUAACUAAUAAGCCAUGGACAAA